GUUGUGUACUCGGCCCUGUUGCGACCGUCGCGACGGAAGAAAGUAAGCUUUUUCCUGAGUCCUCCUGGAGCCGGGUGGGGAGCCUCUUCCACUCCAAAAAUUUACCCGAAUUGCCCCACAAGUUGGGAGCUGUUCCUUUCGCUCUUCCCCCAUCUCAUUUCUCGAGUCCACUGCUGCAAGAGAGGGGAGGAAGGAUACAGAGGUCCUUCGUUGGAGCGGCCGGAGAAUCCACCGGGGCCCAAUCGUUUUUCCAGGUACAGGAGGAUGGGUACGUUGGGGAAAGCAAUCUAUACCGUCGGAUUCUGGAUUCGGGAGACCGGUCAGGCCAUAGAUCGUCUAGGUUGCCGUCUUCAGGGGAGCUACUACUUCCAAGAGCAGUUAUCAAGGCACCGGACACUCAUGAAUAUCUUUGACAAAGUUCCAAGUGUUCACAAGGAUGCAUUUGUUGCUCCAAGUGCUUCAGUAAUUGGGGAGGUACAAGUGGGGUCUGCAUCAUCUAUUUGGUAUGGCUGUGUUUUAAGAGGAGAUGUGAAUAAUAUCAGUAUUGGUUCUAGAACAAACAUUCAGGACAAUUCACUUGUUCAUGUUGCAAAGUCUAACCUGAGUGGAAAGGUGCUACCUACUAUCAUUGGGGACAGUGUCACAGUAGGUCAUAGUGCUGUUUUGCAUGGAUGCACUGUCGAGGAUGAGGCCUUUGUUGGGAUGGGUGCAACUCUUCUUGAUGGGGUGGUUGUUGAGAAACAUGGCAUGGUUGCUGCUGGGGCACUUGUGAAGCAGAAUACCAGAAUUCCCUCUGGAGAGGUUUGGGGAGGCAAUCCAGCAAAAUUCCUCCGGAAACUUACAGAAGAGGAGAUAGCUUUCAUAUCUCAGUCAGCAACCAAUUAUUGCAAUUUAGCACAGGUGCAUGCAGCAGAAAAUGCAAAGACCUUUGAUGAGAUUGAGCUUGAGAAGUUGCUGAGGAAAAAGUUUGCACGGAGGGAUGAGGAGUAUGAUUCAAUGCUGGGGGUUGUGCGUGAAGUUCCACCAGAGCUUGUUCUUCCAGACAGCAUUUUGCCUGACAAACCUGCUAAAGCAGCUCAUUGAUCUUUCUGUCAACAAGGCAACCACACUAUCUUUGUUGGUAAAUGCUUUGGCUUUUUUCUUUGUUGGUAAAUGCAUUAGUUUCCUAAUAAAUUUUACAGAUAUAUUGAACUGAAAUUUCAAAAUUUAAUUUCAUCAGCCUGAUAUUGGCCUACCGCUCAUUUUGGGUGGGAAAUGGCUCUGCUAAGAAUAUCUGUAUUUUUAGAAUUUGCCGAUAUCAGAAUUCCGGAUUGUUCCAUUUGCA